AUGGAACCCAGUGUUAAUUUCUAUAUCCAAAGUAAUUCCACCCAAUUCAAAGUUCCUACGGAACUUAUCAAGAAGAAUUUCAAAACAGCUCAGAAACUCAUUGAAAAACAAAAGAAACAAUUGGCUAGCGAUGUUUCAAAGAUUCAAAAGAACCCUUCCCUCCCUAACUCCAUGAAACUUGAAAUGAUCAGGAAAUUGAUCAAAUCUUUUGAAACCUUCCAGAAGAAACUUCAGCAAGUGGUCGAUAAAGACAAAGAGUAUAGAGACCGUUUAACUGCCAGAUUUGAUAAUCUCAAUCAAUUAAGUCAGUUCACCAUAGAAAAUGAUGAUCACUCACACGAUACCGAUCAUGACGAUAAGAUCUUAGACCAUCAUAACUCAAAUCUCAUAAAUUGGUACCGUGACCAAGCCAACAUCCUCAUCAUAGAUUACCUUAUCAAGUCCAAUGUCAAGACUGAACAAAGUAUAGGGAUGAAACUUCUUCAUAACUUAUCAGCUGUCAACCCUAAAUUCAUGAAACUCAUUGAUUAUGACUUAUUCGAGAACUUCAACAAGAUAUAUGUGUCUAUAAUAGAGAACCAUGACCUUUCAUUGGUGAUAUGGUGGUUUGAAGAUAAUAGAAACUCCCUUAAGAAGAUUAACCUGAAUCUAGAAUUCGAAAUCAAUUAUUGUAAGUUUCUUUCAUUCAUCCAAGAUGGUAAGACCGAUGAAGCUAUAAAGUUUUCACAAAACCAUUUGAGUAAGAACGGGAAUAUCUCCAAUUAUUCCAAUAAUGAGAUCAACAACUAUUACAAGAAUCUUGAGAAGUUGAAGAGUAUAGGAGGUUUAUUGGUAUUCCUAGCUCUUAACGAAACUGAUAAUGAUUUGUUAUUUUCAUCAUCUUUGGUCAAAAACUCCUCAAGGUUCCAUAGUUAUGAAAACCUUCUUAGUGAUGAUAGGUGGACAAAUUUGUCUGAAGUUUUCAUUGAAAAUUUCACUAAAUUGUACGGGAUCUCGAAGAAUUAUCCUUUGUUCAUUUACUUGUCAGCAGGAUUGUCAUCAUUAAAGACCAAAUCCUGUUACUGUAAUUAUGAGAACACCAUCUUCUUCAAUGAGAAUCAAGAAAACUUGGGCAUUACCAAUACUUUACUCGAUAAGAAGUUAAGAGGUCCUAACCAUUAUUAUAAGUUACUCAAUAAAAUCAACCAUUGUCCUGUUUGUUCACCAGAAAUGUUCAAAUUAAGUAGAAACCUUCCUUAUGCUCAAUUGAUCACUAACAUCUUCAACAAUCCUUAUAAGUUACCCAAUGGGAAUAUUUAUCCAUUUGAUAAGUUGACUAAUCCUACAGAUAAAUACCUUUCCGAUAAAGAUAGUUUAUUGAGAGACGUGAAGAUCAGAGAUCCUUUAACGAGAGAAAUCUUUUCCAUGGAAGAUUGUAUCAGAGUUUAUCCGGCCUAA